AUGCACGCCUUACACAAACGCCAAUCACGGUCGCCACGCAUGACUCAGCAGCUGAAGAUGUAUGGGGUGGCCAGUGGCUCUGGCAUAUCUGUCAGGUCCGUUGAAUCGACACGCAGAUCUACUAUCCCGGAAAAAGACCCUGGGCCAUUGCAUGUGGACGGUUCGGAGCAGAAAUUUACUCCAUCUAUAUCAAAAAUGGGGAGUAACAACAGAACUGUUUCCCCGAGAGUAGUACUCCAACCUGGCAUUCCACUCCAACAUUUUGAACCAGCAUGCAUUUCACCGCGGCUGGGACAAGGAAUGUUACUUAACGACCCCACCAGAGCCACUAGUGGGACAGACAUUAGAAAGAUUGGAUGCACAACUGACCAAGGCAGUAGUAAUUGUGCCAAUAUGGCACUCAGCAAUCUGGUGGUGCAAUUUGAUGUCACACGCCGAGGAUAUGGAAAUUCUCCCUCUCGGGGCAAUACAUAUCCGACAUCUAUUGCCACAGCACUCAGCGAGGCACGCCCUGCAUGGAGCAACUCCUGGGCUUCUUUGCUGAAUGGCAUCCAAGGCCCCACUGAUGUCGACCAGAGACAGUAA